AUGUCCUACCCGUUUGAAGAAGAGGAUGAUGAGGACGAUUCUGGACGUGACCCUGACACUGGGCUUUUACGGAUCUCCGAGACGAAAGAUCUUUCUCGCACCAGCUACUCGCGCGAGAACACAAUUGCCGCAUUUCGAGACUACUACAACUUUUUGCAGGACAUGUACCUCGACGAAAGCCGGCUUCUGACUCCCCCUGAGGACGGCUGGCGCGAAGUCACCGUGGAGAGCAUGCAAAUGCUGGGGAAAACAGAUGAGGUUGCAGAGUUGCUGAAGCGGCUUCCUUAUGUAAAGACUUCUUUAGACGGGGAGAAGACGCACACACUAGGACGCAUCCAAUUUGCUGACUGGACACGCUAUGCGAAGACCGUGAGUGAAACGGGAGUCGAAGCUGUAAAAGGCAGGACAGAGGAUCCAUUUGAGCCCGUACCUCCUCAUGUCAUCGGCCUCACCGACUGGGGCAACAAGAUUUUUCUCGACACGCAACUUGGGGUGGUUUAUUUCGUUGAGUGCCCGCACGCAAUCAGGUUCGAUCCGAACCUUCCCUAUAAGCCGAUCGAAGACGACCCUUACGAAUAUGCGCUACCUGACGAGGCGGAAUGGAGAGGAUGGGGCGCUGCGUGGGGGGUCAGGGAGUUCUUCGAGGUGAUGAAGUGGCUCUUCCGAGAACUGCAGUAUGUCCCUGUGAGCAGACAGUUCGUAGAGGAAGCCUGGGAGGAUAACGAUCCAGAGACGCCUGGUGCUCGAGCAAUGGUACAGGACAUCUUCCGCAAGCACGGAUGGCCCGUCGACAUGGAACACUAUCAGAAGCAAGAAUGUCUGGACGAGGUUGAAAGUGUAAUGGAAAGACUCUUCCCCGGCAUGUUCAUGCCAUAUUUGUAG